AUGGUCGAGGGCGGAGUCACGAUUGUCAAGUACCUUCUAUUCUUGGCGAAUUUGGUGCUAUGGGUCGGCGGAUUGGGCCUCAUCAUCGUCGGCUCAAUUUUACAACUGAAAUAUGACAAUGUUUUAGACAUACUAGGAGAUGAGAGGUUGGCGACGCCCAUAUUGCUGCUCGUCAUCGGCUCAUUAUGCACGCUGCUCGGAUUUCUCGGAUGUUGCGGCGCGAUUCGCGAGAAUUAUUGUCUGACCGUCUCAUUCGCUGUCCUUCUAGCAUUAUUAAUUACAUGCGAAAUCGCUGCAAUUAUAAUUAGCUAUGCGCUUCACGACAGUUUUCGAAUAGGAAUUUCGAAUCAAUUGCAGACGGGUAUGGUUCGGUACACAGAUGGCCGCGGUGUGACAACCGCGUGGGACAAAACGCACCAACUGUUCGAAUGCUGCGGUGUCAAAAAUGCCACCGAUUGGCUGUCGAUCGGCGAUGUUCCCGAUUCGUGUUGUGUCGAAAUGAUGGAAGGUUGCGCUCGUGAAAACGCGCCAUUGUUCGAGAACGGCUGCAUUCACAGCGUCGAAAAAUGGGUGAUUCAAAACGGCGCGAUGGUCGGCGGAAUCUGCGCGCUUCUCGCCGCCAUUCAACUCGUCGGCGUCUGUUUUGCGUGCUGCUUGUCGAAAAGCAUUCUCAAAGACUUCCACGACUUUUAUUAUUAA